AUGGACAUGACCGGCGUCGCGGCGGCUGCGGACAGCCCGGGUGCGUCGGCAGCGCGGCCGAGCCGUUACGAGUCGCAGAAGCGGCGGGACUGGCAGACCUUCGGGCAGUACCUGCGGAACCACCGGCCGCCGCUGGAGCUGUCCCGGUGUAGCGGCGCGCACGUGCUGGAGUUCCUGCGCUACCUGGACCAGUUCGGCAAGACCAAGGUGCACGCACCGGGGUGCCCCUUCUUCGGCCACCCAUCACCGCCGGCGCCGUGCCCGUGCCCGCUCAGGCCGGCGUGGGGCAGCCUCGACGCGCUCGUCGGCCGCCUCCGCGCCGCCUUCGAGGAGCACGGCGGCCGGCCCGAGGCCAACCCCUUCGGCGCGCGCGCCGUCAGGCUCUACCUCCGCGACGUCCGCGACAGCCAGGCCAAGGCGCGCGGCAUCGCGUACGAGAAGAAGCGCCGCAAGCGCCACCCGCCGGCACACAAGCAGCCGAAGAUGCAGCUGCAGCAGGACCAGCACCACUUCGCGCCCGUCCCGGCGAUGGCCGAGAGACGCCUCGAGGUGCCGGACUCGGCGCUGCACUUCUUGAUCCCGCACGCGCACUUCCUCCACGGCCACUUGGCGCUGGCCACGGACUCCACCGACCCGGCAGCGGGCGGUGUCGGCAGCACCGGGGAGGACAUGGUGCUGGCAAUGGCGGCGGCGGCCGUCGCCGAGGCUCACGCGGCCGGGUGUUUGAUGCCGCUGUCCGUGUUCCACUAGCAAUCUUAGCUUCACUGCUCCCAUGGGCGUACCAAGAUUAAGUAGGCGUAAGUAUGCAGGUUUUGCUAAUGGCGAUCGAUGUUGAUCUGGUCGCACCAUUUGAUCAUCUUCGGCCUCAUUUGUAUGCGCGCGCCCGUGCAUUGUGUAGUUCUACUCUACCGCAUCAACUGCUCCUGGCUUUCGGGUAUAAUCUGUGUUCGCGAUGUUAGAAUGGCAGGAUUAAUUAGGGGCUUUGUUAAUUAUCCAUG